AUGGGGACACCGACUCGGACUCGCAGGCACAGACCAGGGACGUUUUUUGUUCCUGGAGCCCGAACGGUGGAGACAGGCCUCCCACCGAGGAUUGGCAAAGUCCAGUCCAGCCUUCCCCAGCGCAUCACCCUGGCUCCUCAGCCUGAAGUCCCACCAAGGCCCUGGUGUCUAAGCAGUGGAGGCCGCUGGAAUACCUCCCCACCCAACUGGGACUUGGUCUGGGCCUGGCAGAUUGACACGAAGGCCAAUAGUGAGGUAGGAAGAGGGUCACCUCUGGGUGCCGAGCCAGAGGCGGCCCUAAGACCUCAACCAGGCCUGGGGAAGGGGGACACCGCCUCUCGGGAGCCUCUCCGGGAGCAAGGGGCUCUUCUUGCCCAAGGUGUCCUGGAGCCCCCAGUGGUGCCCACGGGCCCCUCUGCACCCGGAUUUCCCGCGUCUUCCCGGGAAGAGCCAGGCGCGCCCAGCCCUGCCGAGUGUGUCCCCGCAGCUGGUGGCCGCAACAGGCGGUGGGCACCGCGGGCCAGACUCCCCUGGGGCCGCCCCACCCCCGCCCGCCACAGCGACAGUCUGCGCCGGUCCUGCUGCUCUUCGAGCCCAGCCAGCGUGGGCGCGCGCUCUCCCUUUGUCUCCCCGCGGCGCGGAGGAAGGCGCUCUUAGAGGCCGGGCUGUCGUGUUCACACAGGCGCGCACGGAAUCCCGAAGCAGGGCCUGUGUUUAGUCUGUCUCGCUGACGUCCUUCCCGAACAGAUGGGAAGAGGAAACGAUUCUCUUAGCCGUUUUUCCCUGCACGGUACCC